ACCAGCAGGUACAAAAACUAACUUGUUUUUAUUUGACUAUUUUUCUGUCCUGUCUGUUUAUUAUCUUCCUGCAUCUCCUCUCAAUCCUAAAAAAAACUGCUACCUGGGUUCAUAUAUAUUCACCUCAUGAGUUACCUUUGAACUGCAGUUCUAAAAGAUCUACCGACCGCAAAAACAGCGGAGCGCUUGCUGUUUGGCGGCUGUAUCAGUGAUCAGUGCGUCGGAGGACAAGGUGAUGCGCGCAGCGCCCCGCUCCACAGCAUGCAGCGAAACGCAUCAGCCGCAAAUAAAAGACAGAAAACAUUAAAGGAAAUGAACUGACAUGAACGAUCGCGUGUUAAAUUAGUUUUUGAGGUGGCGACACCUGAUUGUUACUGUGGCCGUGCUCAGGAGGCAGAUCUACCGACCGCGAAAACAGCUGAGCGCUCCCUGCUGUGAUCUGUGCGUCGGAGGACAAGGUGAAGCGCCCCGCUCCACAGCAGCGAUACACAUCAGGCGCAAAUAAAAGACAGAAAACAUUAAAGGAAAUGAACCGACAUGAACGAUCGCGUGUCAGUACCUACGGUCUGGCACUUGAGUUUUACCCCCAAAAAGAGAAUGUGAUCAUACGAUAAUUCAAUAGGGAGCGUGGUUUCACAGACGCGGAAGUGAUAGUGUCGGUGAAACGCCGGCUGAUCUAGGAAACCCCCAAGCGUUCGAGCGUCAACGAAGUGACACGGAAAUGCCGGGCUUUCCAGAAGUAAGUAAGAUAACUUACUAUGAGCUGAUAGUUCGUUGGAUUGAUCGGUACGUUGGAAACUCUGAUCGUGAAUCUGAAGAAACGAUGACUGAGUGGUGAGCUGGAAAGGCGACUUCCGUUUAUACGUUUUUUACAAUUUAAUUUUAAUGUAACGUGUGGUUGUGAUAAUAUUUAACAUACAAAACAAAAAUAAUGAGGAAAUUAUCAUGUAGAUAAUAAAAUCUUAAACCAAAACAGGAAAUUGAUGUUAACCUUUGACCUCAUUUUCCACCUGCGAACGAGUGAAAGGUAGAGCUAGUGGUAAAAUGGAUCGGUUUUUGUUGCCCACAUUUCCACGGGUUCAGUCAGAAACAAAUGAAUCUUUGGAAGUGAUCUCAGACCCACAAAAACAUACGGAUCUGGAUGAAGAGAGUCAACCCUCAACCGCCGCAGUAGUCGAGGGUUUUGCCGCUGGAAAUGCUAACACUAACGUUAGCUUACCUUGCAACACUAUAGAUGGUUUUCUGUGUGGCUGUAUGUGUUUAUGAUUUCAUGGACAAGUCAGCGAUUGUUCAUAUGUUUAUGAUGUAUAUUAAUGAUUGUUUCAGGUGUUGUUGAGGUUUUGUGCACGCAUGUGUAUCUGCUAGUGUUGAAGGUGUUUUAGAGAACAAUAGGUACGCAUGACCACUUCCUUCAUAGCACCCUCAAUAAAAAAACUAGCUCCUUCAUAGCACCUGCAGAAAAAAAAUUUCUGGAGCCGCCACUGCUCUAGCCUAUUAAAGAAACAAAGUUCAUCCUUCUAGAUAUGCAUUUGGGGGCUGUGCAAAAUCACAGAAGGCCACAAAUAGCCCUACGGACAUUCCUGAUUUGGAGCCACUAUAUUAAAAUGCACAUGCCUAAAAUGUAUCUAAACAAAAGCUGAGCCACUACUAUCCAAACGGGGUUAGAACUUGUAUAAAUGUGCUUUUCAUGAACCUCGGGGCAUGGGAAUGUACAAAAUAAUAUCUCUGGAAGCUUUACUACAGGUCAGUUGAUGCAUGUCAUAAACGGUUCAGUGGGUUUUGCCCUCAUUCUAUCACCUUUGUUGAGCUGAUCAUUUUUUCAAAACACCUUCAGACUAGCCUUCAGAAGGACAAUAUGAACAUGUUUACAAAGUUUAAUGUGAAAACAUUUCAAUAAGAAUACACACUUUUGUUAACUAACUUGUUUAGGUAGUAAUUUAGAACAAAUAGUUGAAUUACACGGCCUUAGUUUGUCUCAUUUUGUCCAGAUGCUCUCACCCUAACACUCAACAAAGCGUUUGUGUUGAUCCAGGGCAUGGCCCGUCCACUUAAACCCUCAAGAACUCAGUUAAGCAACAAAGAUUAAUACUAAAGUGUUCAGAGAAUCUUCAGCAAAGCUGAAACCUUCCUUUGUAUUUUGAUUUGUCAUUAAUGUGGGAGUUACUGCCACCUAGUGGUGUGGUGCUCAUGAGCCUAUCCAGAUGUGUGAAAACCUGCUCUCUGCAUCGUGUCCAGACGUCAGAAGCGAACAGCGUCUCACUCUGUUCAGGCGGUGGAGGACCUGAAGGCUCGUGGACGUCUUGGUCGUCCCAUCCUCUGCUCUCUUCACCCCGGCCAGGAGCUCAGGCUCUUCUGUCAGCUCUGCGACCUACCCGUAUGUCUGGACUGCGCUUCCACGCUGCACAGAGACCACCACUGCUGUCCUACGCACGACGUCAUCGACCAUCACGGUGACCGUAUUCGAGAUCUGGUCAGCACGCGUCUACGACCCCGACUGGAGCAGAUGGAGGAAGUUCUACAGAAGGUGGAAACUUCCCAGGAGAAUUUGAAGGUACGGGUCGAGGCAACAGCCAGUGAGAUCAGAGCCUUUGCUCGAGGCUACGCCAGCGCUGUGGAGGCCCAUUGUCUGUCUCUGCUGCGGCGCCUAGAGGAGCUUCAGGUCCAGCGCAGAAACGUCCUCCACCUGCAGAGCGUGCAGCUGCAGCAGGGCCUGCUGGAUGUCCGAGGCAGUGUGGCGUUUGCCGAGCGCCUCCUGAGCUGUGGGUCUGACGCCGAGAUCCUCAGCGCUAAAGGAGUGACUCUAAGACGACUCGCCAGCCUGGCAGAGAGAGGCUAUAACCCUUGUCCAGCGGCGGUCGCCCCAGACGAUAGCAGCAGCAUUUGCUUCCUGCCCAGAGAGCCAGCCGGAGAGGUGGAGGGCUACCCAGUGGUGGGUGUGAUUAACUGGAGGACGCUGGAUGUCAGCAGGUGCACCAUUGAAGGAGAAGGUCUGCGGCGGGGCAGCGAGGGCCAGCCGGGCCGUUUUAGCCUGGUGUGUCGAGACUCAGCCGGGGAGCAGAUGGCUCGAGGAGGAGAGCAGGUCCUCGUCAGCAUCGUCCACAAAGAGAAGAAGAACUGCGCUGUGGAGACGGUGGUGGUGGACAACGCUGAUGGAACGUACAGCGUUUCAUACAAGCCUGAGGAACCAGGACCUUACUCUGUGUGGGUUUGUGUCAAAGCCCAGCAUGUGAAGGGUUCUCCGUUCCUGCUGAAUGUGAAGAAGAAGUUCAGACACCACGGUGGGACGUUCCACUGCUGCUCCUUCUGCUCCAGUGGAGGAGCCAAAGAGGCAAUCUGUGGCUGCGCAGGAACGAUGUCAGGAGGGUUUAAAGGCUGUGGUCACGGUCAUAAGGGACAUCCCGGGAAGCCCCACUGGUCCUGCUGCGGCAGCACCACUGAGAAGUCUGAGUGUUUACCUCCGAGCGUGUUGGCUGCUGUCUCUCCUCGUGGACAUCUGCGCACCGUGGAGCUGUGAGGGACCCAGAGAUGAGAACACAGAUCCAUCUAUAUUCUUGUCGUUGUUAUAAACAACAUUACAAUGGAACAAAUGCAGAGCUCUCAGUCAAAAACGGUCUGUUCUCUGGUGUUCACAUGUCUGUGGACAAUUAUUUCACCUAAAUGAAAAUGUGAAAUCAUUCUUUACUUGUUUCCAUCAUAUAGAGGAUUUUUUAAUAAAUGACAUCUAAAAAAAAACACUAUUAAAUACAGCCAUGAUGUGUUGAGCUCCACUGUAUCCCCUCUGUGGGCAGAUCAUGGCUCAGAAGAACAACACAUCUCCUGGUAGACCAUGCUGACUAACACUAACCCAGCUGAAUGUUGCCGACCACAGUCUCCUCCAGUAACUGUAACAGCCCAAACCACUACACCACCUCCACCUUGGGUCUAAUCCUAACCCUGGCUCUAACGAGGUUACCCUAACCCAAACCACUACACCACCUCCACCUUGGGUCUAAUCCUAACCCUGGCCCUAACAGGGUUACCCUAACCGAAACCACUACAACACCUCCACCUUGCUUUUGUUGUGGCUCUAAUCCUAAAGGUUGGUUUAUGCUUGACGCGUCCGUGAGGUCCGCACGGCUCCGCGCGGAAAAGUUGCGUCAUUUUAACAACCACGCCCCUCCACCGCACCUCCGCACGGCCCAAAAUUUCCGCAGCGCGCACCUAGGAAAUUUUCUAACCACGCGGACGGUCGGACGCGGAAAAGCAUGGCGGACCGGCAAGAACUAGUAUGGCAGAGGUUCAUAAAUACAGACAUUUGUGUGAUUCAGCUCUCAGAGAUCACCGCGAUCAACAUGUUGUUAAUAAUUCUUGGUGAGAAAUAGCUCGCACUGUCAGAAAAGACAAGGACCCUGUUAAAAAUGCUGGAAUGCCAUGUUGUAAACAACAGUAAUUUUUACUUCUACUAUGGUGUAGUGUUGGAUGCAUGUCGUAGAGCUCCAUGCUGCCCCCUACAGUUUGGGAGAAUAUCGGCUCACCGCAGAGACAAGCCGCUUGAACCAUAAACGCUGCAAGUUGUGAAGCGCGUUCCAUCCGCGAGCCGCAUCACCAAGCGGAAAGUAAAUGCGUCAACCAUAAACCAAGCUUAACCCUGGCUCAAACAGGGUUACCCUAACCCAAACCACUACACCACCUCCACCUUGCUAGUGUCUUGCCUCUAACAGGGUUUCUACACCAAAGAGGUUCCUGUGCUUGUCCUUAAAAAAUAGUCUUGUGACCCAUAAUAUCUGUCAGACAGAUUAGACAUACACGACUAUUGUAAGAAAACCACCCAUUUGUAGCUUUUCCCUCCCCCGCCCCCAAAUUCCAGGAUUUUAGGUAAGAACAUAUACAAUUCUUGAAAGCAGAAAAACUGAAUUUAUUGGAGGAAAGAAGCUCUGAGUGUCUCUAAAUGAGCUGCUGAUCUGAGUAAAAGUGAAACCAACUCAGAGAUUUUAGACUUGGAGCUCAUGUUUUCCUCAGCUGUUCUCUUGGAACCAGCAGAUGGUGCUGGGAGAACAGCCAGAGCUCUUGGUAAUGGGAACACGAAGAACUGGUUCACUACUGGAACUGGAAAAAGUGGACCAUCCAUCCAUUCCCAGUUGCUUAACCUUUUUUUCCUUUCAGGUUUUUAUGCCAUUAAUUUGUGUUUUUUCAAGUAGUGCAGAAUCACAAAGGUGGAUCUGCACCAGAGUCAGCCCCGCCCAUUCACGCAAACUCAGCCCAGCCCACUGACUUCUUCUGUUUGUUUUUUUUUUUUGUUUGUUUUGUUUUUUUACUUUAUUGCAAACUAACCUGACCUACAUGAACUACGGCUGUUACUAGUUUACAGUUGUUAAUACUAAAUUCCAAUUAAGCAAGAUAAGUAUAAUUUGCUACAUGAAAUGAAAGGUUCUUUUCAGCAAAUUUCUGCCCACGGCCGCUCCGACAAAAUGCGCCUAAACCAGGGUUUUAGGCUAACCGAUUAUUGUAUGAGCUCUGGUAGUCCAGUGGUGUAACGGUCUGACUUAUGCUUCGUUUUGCCCUCUGCUGACGCUGGUUUGACUCUCACUGGGGUCGGCAGUAAUGUAUUUAGCCAACUGAAACAGAUUUAAUUUAUUAAUAUUUUAGUUUUAUUGAUUAUUUUCUACAAAAUAUUUUAUGUCUCUAAAAAGGUAUUUGAAUUUGGUUGUUUCUAAGCAGCAUUUUAGUUUAAACUCUGGACCCACACUGGCUAAAUAAACAAAGAAGGUAAAAACAAACUGAUUAGUUGUUAUAUUUUAAACCGUUUACCAAUAAAGGGUUGAAAACACAAUAUUGGCAAGAGUAGCUAGGAAAAAAAAAGUUGAUGCCACGACCGGGAGGAGAACCUGCACAAAACUACACACCAGUCUGACACCAUAGUCACCCCACCACUACAUCUGUUACAGUAUGGUUGGUGCCACGUAUCCUAUCUAGUGUGUCUUUGUAGACGGAUGGAUGGUUUUUCUGGCGGUGUCCCAGUAGAAGUCAUUUCAGAAGUCAUUUUUCAGAAAAUCCACAGAAUAUCCAGAUCUGAGAACCAAGACCAGACCUGCUUCAGGGGGAGAAGAAAUGCACAGUAGUGGCUUACUUUCUUCCAUUUGCAGGAAAAAUCUUUACAUUCAAUUCAGUUCAGAAAUACUUUAUUAAUCCCAGAGGGAAAUUGAUUGCUGUAGUAGCUCUGAAUAAUAAUAAUAAUCAAGUCAUCCAAGAGUUAUUGUAUAUUACAAUGGCUGUUGGCAGGAAGGAUCUCCAGUAGCGGUCAGUGUUGCAGCCAAACUGAAGAAGCCUCUGACUGAAGGCACUCUUCCGUUGUCGGACAGUCUUGUGAAGAGAAUGCUCAGGCUGAUUUAAAUCAGAAUAAAAUACAAACUUUAGGCUUCAGUUAAGCUGCGUGUUUGCGUGUAUCUGAUGUCGGCAACAGCCGGGAAACGUUUGUGUUUUCUGAAAAUAAAAUGUUGCUUUUAUGUGAGAUCAGCUGAUGCUGUUUUAACCUCCAACCCUCUCCAAAGCUGCUCUGACUUCUCCAGAGGUUUUGACCCACCCACCCACUCCUUGUUGCAACAUGAAAAAUAAAGUUUUCACUCUCA